AUGGUUAAAGUACUCUUGACCGGCGGUAGCGGCUUUAUCGCCGCCCACAUCGUUGAUAUCCUUCUGCAGCAUGGCUUUGAAACCGUAGUGACGGUCAGAUCCGAAGACAAGGGCAAUAAGAUCCUCGAGGCCCACCCCGACACUCCCAAGGGCAAGCUCUCUUAUGUAAUUGUCAAGGAUGUCGCCCAAGAGGGCGCUUUUGACGAGGCCGUCAAGUCCAACCCACCAUUUGACUAUGUCCUGCAUACUGCGUCGCCCUUCCACUUCAACGUUCAAGACCCUGUAAAGGACUUCCUGGACCCCGCGAUCAAGGGAACUACAGGCAUUCUCCACGCUGUGAAAUCUUACGCGCCCGAAGUCAAGCGGGUUGUCAUUACCUCAUCCUUUGCUGCCAUUGUGAAUAGCAAGCAGCACCCUAGGGUCUAUAGUGAGGAGAAUUGGAACCCAGUAACAUGGGAAGAAGCUAUGGACCCUUCCAAUGUUUACCGGGCCAGCAAGACCUUUGCCGAGAAGGCCGCCUGGGACUUUAUUAAGAAAGAGAAGCCCGACUUCGAUAUCACCACUAUCAACCCCCCUCUGGUGUUUGGCCCAAUUGUACAUUACUUGAACUCGCUUGAUGCCAUCAAUACCUCGAACCAGCGAAUGCGAAACAUCAUUCAGGGUCAGAUGAAGGAGAAGAUUGCCCCGAGCGGCGUUUUCCUCUGGGUCGACGUCCGGGAUGUGGCACUUGCGCACGUGAAGGCCAUUGAGGUCCCCGAAGCAGGUGGUCAGAGAUUCUUCAUUACAGCCGGCUAUUUCUCCAACAAGGAAAUCGUUGAGAUUGUCCGUGACACUCACCCCGAUCUGGAGUCGAAACUUCCUCCCAAAGAUGCUCCAGGUGACCUCCCGGAAAAUAUUUACGAGUUCGACAACAGCAAGUCAUUGCAGAUCCUUGGACUGAAGUAUCACACAUUUAAGGAAACCGUUACGGACACAAUUGAUUCGUUGCUGGCCGUUGGUGCUUAA